AUGGGUGAAUCCGACUAUUACUUAAACUCGUCUUCAGACGACUAUGAAGAGUAUGGGAACUUCAGUUAUUUUAACAACUCUAGUAAUGUGUGUGAAAUGGAUGACCUCCACACAUUUGGUGCCCAUCUCACCACCAUUCUGUACUCGCUGGCUUUUGUUCUUAGCCUGCUAGGAAAUAGUUUGGUGUUAUGGAUCCUAAUGAAGUAUGAAAACCUUGCGUCUUUAACAAACAUCUUCAUCAUGAACCUUUGCAUCUCUGACCUGGUCUUCUCUUGCGUGCUGCCCUUCUGGAUCGUGUAUCAUUUGCAUGGAUGGAUUUUUGGUGAUUUCCUCUGCAAGGCUGUGAAUACUGUUUUCUCCAUCAGCUACUACAGUGGUAUUAUUUUUUUGACCAUAAUGACUAUUCUCCGGUACUUGGCAGUGGUGAACCCCUUGUCAGCCUUGAGUACUCAGACACGCCAGUGUGGCAUUCAGGUGAGCUUGGCCAUUUGGGGUGCUAGCUUGUUAGUUGUGGUUCCUGAGAUGAUUUUCACCCAAGUGCAAAUUGAUCUGGAUGAUUUCAGGACCUGUGAUUACACUGACUUACAUUGGAAAAGGGUAGACAUUUAUCAGCGAAAUGUCUUCUUUCUCUUUUCCUUUGUUGUUAUUGUAUUUUGUUACGUCAAGAUACUACAAAUUCUGCUCAGAACAAGAUCUCACAGGAAGCACAGAACUGUGAGACUCAUCUUUACCAUUGUGGCAGCUUUUUUCCUGAGUUGGGCACCUUAUAAUAUACUCUGUUUCCUGCAAACUUUGCCAGCUCAUUACAUCUUUCUGAACUGUGAGAUCCAAAAGAACAUUGCGUAUGCCUUCUACAUCAGCCGCAAAAUUGCCUUUUCCCACUGCUGCCUUAACCCUGUGCUCUAUGUAUUUGUUGGGGUCAAAUUCAGAAGACAUUUGAUGCACCUGUGCAAUUACCUCUGCCCAUGCAACAAUGGGAAAAUCUCCAGCCCCAGGAUUUAUUCUCAUGGCAAAUUCCACUAUGAAGAUAAUUCCAUUUACUGA